AUGGAGCGGAGACUAUUGCUCCCAAAGAUCAUCGUCUCAGACUACACAAUUACGCCUCCAAUAUCAACAUCAUACCACGCGAUCAAACCUUUUCAUCCACAGAAAGAGGAUACCAUAUUCUUUGGCCAAACUUACAAACUCAUAAAAUCUCUCCUCAUGCCCCCUCGUUGCCCGCACGACCCCAACAAGCGCCGCUGGCCUUGUGAAUUUUGCGGAAUAGUCGCCACACGCGCAUACUGGACCUGUGCUGCCCUGCUCCUAGACUACUAUGCCGACUUUUAUGCCCACGACAGCGCGAUCAUGCAAUCCAUAUGGUUUCACCUUUUUGACAUAUGGCAGGAAAGCGCAGUAUGGCUCAUCGACGGCCUGAUAUUAGAGUCCCAGUGCGUGGGUGUCAGUGAAGCAUAUCGAGCCCGAAACGCAGCAAAAGCGCAAGCCUUUGUAAAAAACGUCAGAGACACCGUCGAACUCGUCGAAGUAGUCCUCUGGGGCCGGAAACAAAGCAUCAACACUGCGGCCGCCGCGCAUCCAACCCAAGACACCAUCCUCUACGACCCGCGAGGCGAAGUAUGGCGUUCCAGCGGUGAAUACGACACCGGCCCUUGGAUCAGCGGCGUAAAACCCUGGUGCCAAUUCCUAUACAAUGGCGGACCAGGCGUCGUGCCUCCUCCUCUCCCUCCCACAUUCGCUUGUCAGAAAACAAACGAUCACAAUAACAAUAACAAUAACAACACUGAUGGAAAAGUAAUAAUAAAAACAACACGCUACAUUCCCCACCCCGCCAUCGCAAUCCUAACCGCACACACCCGCCGCGCCCGCGCCCUAGCUCGCAAAUACUACUCCUCCUCCUCCUCCUCCCCGGAAACCACACUCCGCCGCCUCAACGAAUUCGACGCCUACACCCCCAUCUUCCCUUCCCCACGCCACCCAGUACACACCUUCACGUCGCCGCUCACGGGGCACACGGUGUCGUACGCGCUGGGCAACGGCGCGCCCCCCGUGCUACGCCAUGUCGGAUUUGCAGACCCGGAGUUGGUCGAGGAGCCAGCAGACUGGAGUUUGCUGGAUGAUUGUGUGGCGAUUUGUAAGGGGUUGGAGCCGUAUUUGGGAAUUAGUAGGACGAUGGGGGCCGGAGGCGGGCCGGUGGAUGAGGCGGCGUUUGAUGUGUGGACUGUGGUUGAGACGUGGGAGAAAGGGGGUGGGGAGGGAAGGAAGGAGGAUGAGGACGAGGAGGGAAAAAAGGUGGUGGAGCUGGGGGAUAUGUUUGAGAAUUGGUGUGGGAUUAGGGAGUGUGAGGUGGGGUUUAGUCGGUCUGGCAGGUGA